AAAAUGUUAUUUUUAAAUAACUUGAAUGGAUUUCAGAUUUAACAUUAAACACAAAAUACCACCUUCAUUCACAUAUCCGGCAGCCUGGUCGCUAUUUCCCAGACACAACUGGCAAAGGUAAGUGAAAUGCACACAUCUGGCAACACCAUAUUUGCGGUUGCCUGGUUGCGCUACGCCGUGUGGCAUGUUAUUUGGCUUUCGUAAAUAAGAGGCAAGUGUAGUAGCUUUGGACGUUCGCAAUGACUGACCAACUGGACCAACUGGCCACCGCUGAGCUGCAGCGUCUGCAGCGCCAGCAUCGUGCCCUACAGCUGGACCUGCGCGGGCUGCUAGAGGAGAAAACCAAACGUCUGAAAAAGCAAAAUCACAUGAUUAACGUUCUGCAGUUGGAAUAUGACAAACUUAAGGAUGAAAUGAAAACCCUGGAGGGCGGCACUCAUGCACGUAAAAAUACCAACAAGGAGAAACUCUUGGCAACCCUGCAAAAUCAACAGUCCGAACUGCAACGCGUGUACCAAGGCGAACGCACCAAUUUGUGGGAGUUAGAGGGUCACAUUCGGAAAAUGGAAAAAGAAAUAGAUGCAUUGCGUCGCAACGAAGUGCCCGACAAUUGCUACAAGGAGACCAUUUGUAAGGUGCAAAAGAGUGUAGUCAAACUAGAGAAUCGCCUCGACGUGGUCAACAAAAAGUGUUCCGAUGUUCUAACCGAGAACGGCAAAAUGCGUGACGCCAUAAACCAUAUGCUUCAAGAUCGCGCAAACUUUAACGACAUGUGGCAAUCGAUGGUUACACAAUUCAACGACGGAAAAAAGCUCAUCAUGGAUUUAAUUGAUCAGUCAACAAUGGCCUUUGAUCAACGCCAAGAGCUGUGCACGAAGCUAUCGGUGCUGAAGGACCGCAACGAGAAUGAUAAGGUGAUGCAUAUACAGGAAAUGCGAGAAAUGCAGCGUCGCUUGGAGCACGAUGCCAAGUUGCAAAAGUUCUUCGACAUCAAGGGUCAGAAACGCGUCAAUCCCGAACUGGAACAACGUGAGCUGGACAAAAAGCAGAAUCAAAAGGACAACUAUGAGCGCCAGCUAUUCGAAUACAAAGAGAUAAUUGAAAGAAUUAAACAGCUUUAUGGCGAAGAUGACACGGAACGCCUGGUGGCACAAUUUAAGCGCCAGGAAGAUGAAAACUUUGCGCUCUUCAGCUACGUGAAUGAGUUGAGUCACGAGGUGGAGGUACUUAAUGAUACCACACAGGAUUUAACAGAUCAGAUUGAGCGCCAAAAAUCGGAGCAAACAGAAAAGGAACUGAAGCUCAAAACAGAGGCCUUGGAUUAUUUAAAUGACGAACUGGUGCGUGUUGAGCAACUGGCCAAAGAGACAAGCGAAAAGAAACAAAAUCUGAGCACUCGAUUGCAGCAGCUACUCAAGGGUAUUGAGGACAUAUUCAAAUUACUGGCCUGUGAUGAUGCACCCAUACUUAAUGUGCUCAGCUCCAGAACCUUCCUGACUGUCCAUAAUGUGAAGCUAUUCGUUGGGGUCAUUGAGCGUCGUGUGAAUAUAAUUAUCAGUACAAUUAACAUUGAGGAUAACUCCAACAGGAUAUUGGCAAGAAAGGAUCGUGUGCCCAAAUUUAAUAUACGGGAAUCGGCUAAAAUGAAGCAUUAGCUGAAAUACAGAAAAGGAAAAGACCAUUAACUAUUUAUUUAAUUAACUUGAAAAUAAUACACAUAAUAUAGCAAUCUGAACAAUUGUGACUAAUUUCAUGUUUAAGAUUAUUGCAUUGGACGUUAACUUAUUAAGUUCAAAUUGAGUGUAUAAAAUCAUAAAUUACAACAACUUUUGUACGAAUAAAAUAUAUAAACAUAAAGCUUUGGAGUGCAAUGUCCAUUAGUCAAACACUGCACAAUAAUUUGCAAUUAAUAAUAUAAUAAAGGUCAACAGUUCUAAAAAUACACUUAAAGUAAUACUA